GUCUUGAUCAAUAUGAUUAUUUUCAACCACAAAAGACAUAUUCAUGAAUAAAUUAUGAAGACAAUUUUAUGCCAGUAAAUGAAAAUGGAGUAUGUAGAAUGUAUGAAAACUGGGUACAACCCUGCCCAUGUUCAAGUGGCUUGUGAUGGAAUGUUCAUAGGACUGCCAUUGACAAGAACAACAGUGGGUGUUUGGAAUGUACAAGAUCCAUCUGCUCAGCCAUUGAAACUUGAAGGACACAGGAAUAUUCUCACCAGUUUGGUGCUAGGGAAUGUUUCAAAACCCAAAAGACUGUGUUCUGCAGCAGAAGACUACUUGAUUGUGUGGAACAUUCAUCAGGCUCAGGAGAAGGCAGUGAAGGAUGAGCAGAUAAAAGGCGUGAUUAUAGGUACAACACUUGGGUACAUACAACACUGUGCAUUUAGUCCUGAUGAUUCCCUUGUGGCAGCCUGCAAUAAUAAUGAUGUUCUUAUUCUGCGUUCUAAUAAAUCGGAGGUAAUAGCUGCACUAGAGGGCCACAUGAAUCGAGUCACUUGUGCUGAAUUUUGUCCUCAUUACUCAUCAACUCUAGUCACAAUAUCUGAAGACAGAACAUUCAAGGUAUGGAACAUAGCAGACCUAUCACUGGUCUACCAGUCCACCAUUAUCACUGCCUCCCCAUUCAUCAGCAUGACCAUGAACUUUCACCUACCCCAGGUUGCCAUAGGAACGGCGGAUGGGAUUGUGAGAGUAUUUGACUUGUCUGAUGGAAAAGAUUUUCGGUGUGUUCAUCAAAUUAACAUUGGAAAAAUAAUGGAUAAAUAUCGCCUCAAUAAAGAGCAAGCACUGCCGACACCAAGAUCUUCAAAAGAUGGUCCAGUAACUAUCAGUAGUAAGCCCUCCUAUCAGAGACGAGGAGACGGGGGAGAGCCGAGGGAGGAAGUGUCCGUACAGGACGUGGCAGAGACAGGAUGUGCUGUUCUCGGUCUCUACUUCUCCUGGGUCCCAGAGGAUGACAGAGGAAGCUCCGCUCGAUCUGUCGGCUUCCUACAGCGAGCUAACACUAUGAUCAGAGACCUCUUCAGUGCUUCUCCUAUGUUAGUAGUUGGUACUACAGGAGCAAUUCUUCAAAUAAAUGCCAAGACAAUGGAAGUUAUCCAAUAUUUUGAUCUACAAGAUCCGAUACCUCCAACAUCAGAUGGUAGGAAGGAAGUGUGCAUUAACAAUGCUGGUUCUGCUUACUUCAGUCAGGGGGAGGAACCAGAAAAGAUAUUCUGUGUCAUUGGUAGCCAUUUUCAGAAUCAUGUUCAUUUAUUGAAAUGGGACCAUGCCACAUCAAGAUCAAAACCCUACAACUUUAGCUCAAGUAUAGAGGAUUUAUCAAGCCUCUCUUCCGAACUGCCAGCCAAUCAAACGUCAGACAAUAAAUCACCCAAUUUAACUGUACUAUCCAGUGAUCCCAUGUUGCCAAAUUCAAUCCUCAAACAAGGUCUGGUUCCUAAACAAAAAGAAGAGGCCUCCUCUAAAAAACAGAAAGGGUACCUUUCUCCAGGAAAGCAAGGUCAAGGUGUGAAAGAUCAACCCCUGACUUUUCAGAGUAAAAUCAAGUCAUCAGGCUACACUGAGGCUCCCAGAACAACCAUGUUUAAACCAAAAACAAGUUCUACAAAACAAACAUCCACAAUUAAAAGGAAACAAUCUACAGAUUUACUAGAGAAUGCUUUAGAGAAGGAAUACCCUGCCAAUCCUGGUCCUCCAAAAGACUUUGUGUGUGGUUGGGAAGUUGCUGAAAGACCUACUCCUGUUAAUGCAAUAUCUUACUCUGGAGAUGGCCUUAGUCUAGCCUGUGGUCUUGCCAACAAGUCUGCCCAAGUGUUCAAAAUUCCAUACAAGGAAAAGAAAAGUUAUAGUUUAGCUCACAACCACAUUGUAAAUGAUGUGCGAUGGAGUUGUGAUUCCAACUGGUUGGUAACAGCUUGUGAUGAUAAAACAGUAAGGCUAUGGCAACGGGGUCAAACUGAGGCUGUCCUCACCAUAGCAACCAAACUCCACAACCUAGCAGAAGGAGAGGGACAAAAGAAAGACAAGGAAAAUGCACCAUUUCCUAAGGAGAUUAAAAAUGCCCAGUUCUAUUAUAUGGACCGGUUCCUGAUAUUAACCUCCUCUAACACACUGUACAUGUACAAAUACCACCUGGAUCCCACUAAACAAGAUAUCAAAAGGUAUGUGAACAAGAGUAAAUUCAAGCAAGUUCAGUCCUUCACAGUGGAUGCCCAGUACAUCACAGCCAUGUCUGCAGUAAACGAUUUCUACUCCUACAUAGUGAUGUGUGCUGGCAGUAGUAAAACACUAGAGGUGUAUGACAUGAACAUAGGCAAGUGUGUACGAGUCAUCUCUGAUGUCCAUACCAGACCUGUUCAUUGUAUAAAACAACAUGAGGGAUCUAAGUUUGUCUCACACCCACGUGAUGCUUACGAUUUAUUCCUGACAUCUGCAGCAGGUGACUGCAUCAAACUCUGGGACCUCCGCGCAAACAGAUGUGUAAGAAGAUAUGAGGGUCACCUGAACAGAUCAUUUCCCUGUGGAGUGGAUCUAAGUCCUUGUGGGAAAUAUGUUGUCACAGGUGCUGAAGAUAAAUGUGUAAGUAUAAAUAAAAUGUGGCCUGUGAUAAUGGCAGCAGCAAGGACCUAUGCACCAUAUGUGGCGUUUCCUUUUGCGGUAGUGGUGGGUUUUAUAGGAUACAAUUUUGAGAAUUUACUGGGCCGUAAUGAAACCCCCUGGAAGGAGGAAAGUAUCCAGGACGAAAGGCUGGACAGAAAACUGGACAAUAUGGUGAAACCGACGGUCACUGAUGUACCGAUGCUCAAGUCCAAGAGAGACAUGCCCAAAACAGUGCUGGACAGAAAUGAUAUCAAAAAACUUAGUCUGAUCAUGGCCUUUGAAAUGAUUUUGACUGUUCUGGCCACAUUCCUGGUGUCGGAGGCCAAAAUUUCCCAUGGUGGGUCCAUGGGCUGGUCAGAUCUAGGUCAACUGUACACUCUGGAAGACUUAAGAGGUGCUCUGGACAAUGGCUACUAUGACCUGGAGAGCAGAAGUUCUCCUAACGAGGACUGGUCUAAUGUCGGAUAUCAGGAGCCCACACUUAAUGACGACAUCUUCAGCGAGGCUUCCAUCAGGGACCAAGAAUACCAAGAGAACAGUCCCCUCUGGGGGUACCAGUCAGUGUCCGGAGGAACUGGUGACGGAAAAGACAAUCCCAAGCAAGUCAAAACAGACAAAGUAUUGCCCGCCUACUGCAAUCCGCCCAACCCUUGCCCCAUAGGAUACACAGCCGAUGAUAACUGUGUAGAAAAUUUCGAAAACACUCCGGACAACAACAGAAAUCUGAUGAAACAACAGGAAUGCCCGUGCGACAAAGAGCAUAUGUUUAGUUGUCCGGCGGACAGUAGAAUCAGCACCAAGUCCGGAUCCUCGCUAGACAGUGUGAUUGACCAGCUAGGAAACAUGGACACCGAACACGCCCGAAAUCCGUUUUUCGAGGGAUAUCACAAAAGAACUGCUGCAAAGAAGGGUUCUUUAAUGCCAAAGCAUCAGGAGGCAAUGGAGAGUCCACUCACCUGUUAUCCUAUGCGGUUUGAGCCUGGUGCCGACCUUAAAGAAGGAUUAGUAAAAUUCGUGGAGGAUAACAAACUGUCUGCAGCCUUUAUCCUUACUUGUGUUGGGAGUGUCACCAAAGCAACAUUGAGAAUGGCGGACAGUAAAACGAUAAAGACAUACGAUGGGCCUUUUGAGAUUGUUUCCUUAGUGGGGACUCUGUCAGGCGGCGGUCAUCUUCACAUCAGCCUUAGUGACAGUGAAGGGAAUGUGUUUGGGGGUCAUGUCAUCAGUGACGUCAUUGUUUACACUACAGCAGAAGUAGUCAUUGGAAACUGUUCUGCUGUUCUUAUGUCCAGAGAAAAUGAUAAACAAACGGGGUAUAAAGAACUAGUUGUAUGCCAAAGGCCAACAUAGAGAAAAUAAUGCACUUUUAAAAAAAAAAAAACAUUAAA